UUAGCAUUAACUAGUUGGAGUGAGUCUGUUUUCAAAAUAUGAAUAUGUGCAUGUUUACUUUUUAUUGCUUGCUUUUGUUUACUGAAUAAAUUAAAGUAGAUAACAGAGAAUAAACAGUAGCAUGUUCCGUUAGCACCGUGAAACGUCAUGGUUGGCCAUCUUCUUUCACCCCGAGAAGCUGUUUAUAAACACGAGCAUGUCUGAAACACCCAGAAGGAAGAGUUUCUUUGGUUUUCUUCAGUAAAAACACGUCGGGCCGCUGCAGCAUGGAUGAAAACCAUUUGAAAGUGCUGGUGAAGCUGACCCAGGACGGACGGCUGGACUGUUUGCAGGCUCAGAUCAGGUCCAGAUUUAGUUCGGAGGCUCAGGCUGUCAGCAGCAAACACUUCGGGCGGUCCGGGGACACGCUGCUGCACUACGCGGCCAGACACGGACACUUGGACGUCGUGGAGUACCUGGUGGAGCAGCUGGGCGCGGAUGUGGAAGUGUGUAAUAAUGAUUACAAAAGGCCACUGCACGAAGCUGCGUCCAUGGGUCACAAGGACUGUGUCAGCUAUCUGCUCCGGAAAGGAGCGGCGGUGGACAGCCUGAAGAAGGCAGACUGGACUCCUUUGAUGAUGGCGUGCACUCGGAGGAACCUCGGUGUGAUCCAGGAGCUGCUGGACCACGGCGCUGACCCCGCUCUGAGGAACAAAGACGGCUGGAACUCCUUCCACGUAGCCUGCAGGGAGGGCGAUCCUUUGAUCGUAGAGCGCCUGCUUCUCACUUCACCAGACACCUGGAGGACCGAGAGCAAGACUGGUAGGACUCCUCUGCACACUGCAGCGCUGCACGGCUGUCAGGAGGUUGUCAGGAUCUUGUUGGACAGAUGUGGCUACAGUCCGGACAGCAGAGACAGCUGUGGAGCGACUCCCUUCAUGGAUGCUGUGAGGAACGGACACCUGCCCGUGGCCCGGCUGCUUUUAGACAAACACCAGGUGGAACAAACGUCUGUCACUGCGGUCAUGUUUCACUUCUGCUCCCAACAUUCAUGUUUCCACUUGACCUGCCCCCGUCAGGCCUCUCCAGUGGCAGCCGACAGACUCGGGGCUCAGCCCGUGCACCAGGUGGCUGUUACUGGCCAGGAGGAGGCGCUGAGGUUUUUGGUUCAGGACCAGGGUGUGGAUGUGAACCAGAAGGCCACAGAACUCCAGCUCACUGCCCUACAUUAUGCAGCCAAGGAGGGCCACACAUCCAUGAUAACAACCCUGCUGCAGCUGGGGGCGGAUCUUCAGGUUCGGGACAAGAAGGGACGAACUGCUCUUCACAUGGCCUGCAUUGGACAGCAUGCAAAGACCGCCAGGACACUGCUGGAACUCGGCCUCAGAGACUCGGAGGACACGUCUGGCACAAGAGCACAGCAGCUUGCCAAGAAACCCGAUGUAGUGCGAGUGUUUGAGUGUGUCCUGCCACAAACACCAUUUACACCUUUGUCAUGAAUCAGAAAUUGUACUGUUUUUAUGAAAAAAGGGGGUCAUUUUUGGACUCGAUGGCAGCAAAACAUCUCAAAAAGUUGCCACAGGAUAAUAAAAGCAGGCUGUAUUAUUUCUUAUUGGACAUCACUGCAUGGAGGGAAUAAUCAUUUGUUAACACAGUUCACUGUUUCAUCCACAAAUGUUGCUUAAAGCUCUAUCAGACAAAGGAGAAGCCAUAUAAGAACACCACGCAGAGCCGCUGCCAUCUUCUCUGAACCACAGCUCAUUUAAAAAGRACUGAAGCAAAGUGGAUACUUGUUCUGUGGUCAGACAGAUCCCAGUCUGAAAUUCAGUUUGGAAACCRCAGCCUGUUUAACUUGUAACUCAAAAGCCUGCUUCUCUGAUGGUAUGGGGGUGCAUCGGUGCUCCCGGCAUGGGUAACGUACAAAUCUGGAAAGGCUCCAGUAAUACAGGAAAUAUUUACAGUUUUUAAAACAUCUGCUCCCAUCCUGAAAAAAAACUAGCAAAACAAUCCCUGACUGCUGAACAGCUCGAAUCCUCCUACAUCAGACAGACUUCACUGUAGUAAACAUGGACCUGUCUCUAUUUUUUUCCCCAAAUGUUUCUGAAUAAAAUAUUGGUUUAUGACAUUUGCAAA